AAUUAAGAUAGGUAUGGGAAGAAUUUUGUUAAAAAAUUCUUUUCUCCCGAGAUACAUAUAUACAGGUAGAACAGACGUCGUUAAAGCCGACGCGGAGUCGAGCUUUCGAUUACGCGACGUGCCGAUCAAUCACCGUAGAACGAAAUGUCACCGAGUCACGAUCGUAAGCUUGGAUUAAUUCGUAAAGGAUGUAAAGAAAAUCUAGUAAUGUGGCCCUUUUUACAUCGACAUAAGCCGCAUAAAUAGAUACUGUCAACGUCGAAGCUUCAAUGAAAUUCAUUUAUCGAAUUUAAAAGUUAAAUCGAGCUUAACAAAUUGUAUCGUCAUUGACGAACUCGUUCGGGUGUUCUUGAAUUUCUUAACACGUUUGAUUAUGAAAGUAAUAUUAUCGCGCCUCUAAAAGAUAAAUGAACUAAAGCAAAAAAGGGAAAAUCGAUAGACUGGCGAUCAGUUUGGCGCGAAAGGUUCGAAGAAACUUAUUUAAAUUAAACGCGCGAAUACGAUCAGAAGUUUCGCCAAGGGCAGUUUUCAUUUCGUUCCGAUGACCGAUAAAAUUUCUGUCUCGAUGCGGCCGACUUCAUAGAAAUUGGAUUUUCAACGUGUCGCAUAGACGAUCCUUGACAGCGACCGAAACCGUAUUCUCCCUGUCAACUUUAAAACCGUACGAUCGAUCGACGUCCGAUCUUAUCUAAUCUCGACUUUGCAAAGAGUUUCUACUUGCUCGUUCGGUUUAAAUCGAGUUACCUAGUCACAUUAUCAUAUGCCGUUAGAAGGCAAUUUUGAUUCAUUCGUUCGCUACUUUACGCAUUUUUAUUACAACAAAACCUAUUUCAAUCCCGUUCAAGCAAUUUUGCUCGGAUACAAACUCGCAAUCGAUUCUUCGUGCGAAAUAGUCGAACGAUAAUCGACGAGCUUUCACGAAUUUCAUAAAAGGAUUUAUCCGUAUAAAAAAUAGAUUGCAAGAAAAAAUAGACGAGAAAGAGAGAGAGAGAGAGAGAGAGAGGCAAAAGGCACAAGCACGACGUGUCAUUAAUUCUCUCCAUACACAGGCACCAACGCGUUGUAAUUUCGCGAAUACACAUUCUAUUUCUAUGAACAGCGACUGCGUAGAUUUCGUUCCUUGACGACAAAAUUUCGCGUCUUGAUUUUUCUACGUUUUAUUUACGUAUGCACGUAAGAGGUUAAUCGAUCGAAACGGGUAGGUCGAACAGAACAGAACAAGUGGAAUCGAUAAUUUCCAAGCCUCGCGACAAACCAACCGAAACGUCCUAUCUACGUACCGAAGAGAGUGGUACCGGUAGUGUAACUAACUUGCUCCUAACUUAUUCGAAACCCACACGCAGGAGAUCGGUCGAUCGACCAUAAGGAAGAAAAAAAAAAGGGCGGUAAAAUAUAGCUUUUCAAAUUUCGCGCCUUUUUGUUGUACGAGUUAUAUGGCGAGUAAUAUGGCGCUUAUUCACUGCUAAGAUAAAUGAAUUUUUAUGAGAGAUAGAGAGAGAGAGAGAGAGAUGGAUCAACCGGAUGAAUCGAGUCGAUGAUCGAAAAAGUUUCCGGCGGUGAGUAUUUUGCGCGCGGUCACUGUCACCGGCGGCGUACCGACAUUAUUCUCGACAUCGAGGAUGUCAACCGACGAUAGUCCAGACAAUGACCGACCAUCUCCCUCCCUUCCUCCAUCCCUCUAAACCCUAAUUUCCUCCCACUCAAGAGGCAUGGCCUGAAAAACGCACGAGACACGCACGAGAGCGAUUAAAGCGGAGUAUCGCGAGAGAACGUGUCGCGAGUUUAUUUACGGCGUCUAAUCGUACGAUAUAAACUAAGGGGGGGACAAAGAGAGGGGAAAAAGAGAGAUGUUCCAAAAGUAUCCGGCAAACGAUCGAACGAAGAGGUAGAAGAAGGACGCAGCAAAGAAGAGUCAGAACGCUCUAGGGAGUCCCGUUUUGUGCACUUGACACGUAGCGACACGUAGACGGCGUUGCCCAGAGAAAGAAGAAAGGUGGAAGAGGUAAAAAAGGAAGGAAAGAAACGAAAAUAAUUGACGAGUAUCAACUCCGUCGCGAUUUAAGAGGGAGAAUGGAAACGGAGGAUUUAAAUAUGGACGAAGAAAUUGAAGAAAAACUACCUGAAAAAGUAGCCGCGGAAGUUUCUUCAGAAAUUAAAAUCGGUGGUAUAGAGGGAGGGGGUACGCAUUCAACGCUUGUAAUACUCAAUCAUAAAGGUGAAAAAUUGAUAGAAAUUAAGGGCCCCGAUACCAAUCAUUGGGUCCUGGGGAUAGAAGAAACGGCCGCUAGGAUUAACGCGAUGAUCGAGCAUGGCAAAGAACUAUUGGAUAUACCGAAAACGAUUCCCUUGGACUGCGUGGGUCUAAGCUUAAGCGGUUGCGAGGAAGAGACUACCAAUAAUCUUCUAAUUAAUAUACUUCUGAAGGAAUAUCCAAAUGCUGCUAAAGAUUAUUACGUUAGUUCCGACACGUUAGGUAGUCUCAGAACUGGUUUGGAGAACGGUGGGAUCGUAUUAAUCGCUGGAACAGGAAGUAAUGCCCUACUGAUUAAUCCGGAUGGAAAAACUCAUGGAUGCGGUGGAUGGGGUUAUAUGAUGGGAGACGAAGGGAGCGCGUAUUGGAUCGCACAUCGAGCCUGCAAAUACGUUUUCGACGACAUAGACGACCUAGUGAAGUCUCCUCAUCCUAUUUCUUAUAUCUGGCCGGCGAUGAGAGACUUUUUUCAAGUGAAAGACAGAGCAGACAUGUUACCGCAUUUGUAUUCGAAUUUCGACAAGAGUAAAUUCUCCAUGUUCGCUAAGGAAAUCGCUAUUGGUUGUGAGAAAGAAGAUCCUCUUUGUCUUGCCAUCUUUGAAGAAACCGGUCGACUUCUCGCUCGACAUAUCGUGGCACUUUCCAAGAAAGCCCAUAACGAUCUUAAACUAUGUCAUGGCGGUCUUAAAGCGAUAUGCGUUGGAUCCGUUUGGAAAUCGUGGAAAUUCAUGAAGGAGGGUUUCAUGGAUGAAAUUCACAGUGGAUUGGUCGUCGAUGAACUUAGUCUUCUCAAUCUAACGGCUACGUCCGCGUUGGGAUCGUCCUACCUAGCUGCUGAAAAGAUCGAUUGCCCUUUCGUUAAGUCUUACGACGAAAACGUACAAGUCUUUUUCCAUUAUAAACGCGAUAAUUACGGUAAAAUAGAAAAUUCACAACGAACUCGACAGUGCAUAAAAAAUGAUAAUGAUGAAACGACUUCUAUAAAGGCUGCAAUAUUUCUACAGUUGUAACGGUCAUAGAAAAUGAAUAAAACAUUUUAAUAAGAAUUUAUCAUUGCGAUCGUUUUAUCGUUUGAUAGAAAUUUAAUGCUAAAUAUUUACGUAAUAAUGAUUAUAAUCUAAGAAUAUAAAAAAAAAUUCAGUUUAAAAAAUUGAAGUACGAUUCGGACGUGGCGCCAAGAAUGCAGCUUUAAAAAUGUACAAAAUUAAAAUGUCUUUUUUAACCUGUAAUUAAUUUCAUUCGAAAUUUCGUAACUUUUUAAAGGAAAUGGGAAUAAAAAAACUUUGGGAUGCCUUUUGGGAAUGCAUAUAUCAGGCAGCUGGAGUUAUCGUUAAAAUCAUACUUUAUUUUAUUCUUUUUCUACUCAGUUUAAUAUUCUUUAUCGCAUCCACGGUUGCAACUGUAUUUUUUGUCCUAUAUCUUCUCGGAUAUGUAACGAUGGAAAAUGACGAACAUAGGCAAUCAUAGAUAACUGAAAAAGAAACAGGUAUACACUGUAUAUAUGCAUAUAUAUAUAUAUAUAUAUAUAUAUAUAUAUAUAUAUAUAUAUAUAUAUAUACAUAUGGAUCCAUACAUAUGCGUAACACUCCAUACUUGGCGUAAAGGCUACGUAAAUAAUUUUCAUCGAGUUAAAAUACUUCCCAUUUAAAUCUUUAUAAAAAUUUUCCAGAGAGAUCCUUUAAAAAUUCGAUAUAAAAGCAUUUUAGUUUAUAAAUGUGAAAAAAUACAAUGAAGUGAAACAAUUAUUACCAGGAAGAAAAAGUUAUUCUUCGUUGCGCUGCGUAGUCUUAUAUAUAAAGGGCAGACGAUGAAGUACAAGGAAUUACAGGCUAAUAUUUGAGGGCGCUAUUCGCAAUUAUCGCGAAUUUUUUAAAUUACUAUAAGCAUGCGGUACAAACAUACUGCACGCGAUACUUGAAAUAACAUCAACAAUGAUAUUGUAUGAAAAAUAUAUUCAUGUAAGCGUAUCACAAUAUCUCGUGUACAUUAUAACAUUUAUAACUUGUACACAUAUCAUUUAAUUAUAACUCUUCUUUUCUUUUUU